CAAGCUGUCACCACUGUCCUCUUCUUCUCUUCUUUGCAUAAACCCUAACCUCAAUCUCCUGAUCGUGAGAAAAAAUCCGAUCGGCGGACAAAAAAUUUCAUGACUUGAGGAGAACGAUCCCCGGGUUUUCCACGAAAACGCCGGAAAAAGAGAUGCUUCGUCUUCUUCGAGUCGUUGUUCUUCAGCUCGUUAUCGCCGCCGCGAUCUCGAUCCCGGAGGCGAUCUCGGGGAACGAGUCGAUAUACGAGAUUCUCAGAGCGAAUGGGUUGCCGAUGGGGCUGUUACCGAAGGGCGUGAAGGAAUUCAACGUCGACGGCCAAACAGGGGAAUUCUCAGUGUAUCUGUACCAGGCCUGUAAUGCCAGGUACGAGUCUGAGCUGCAUUACGAUGCUAACGUGACGGGCACGUUAGGGUUUGGGUGGAUCUCGGGUUUGUCAGGGAUCUCGGCGCAAGAGCUCUUCCUGUGGUUUCCGGUGAAGGGGAUCCGAGUCGACGUCCCGAGCUCCGGCGUCAUAUACUUCGACGUGGGUGUUGUCCGCAAGCAGUACUCUAUGUCUCAGUUCGAGACCCCGAGGGAUUGCGUUGCGGUUCGGAGUGAGGAUGAGCUCCGGGACGAAAUCAAGAUCCAGUCUCUUAUGCUGCCACUCCAUGAACUAGAUCAAGAAUCCACUGCCCGAAACAUUGCCUAGCCCGCUCGGUCGAGGAAAGUUUGUUAUCGAUAUCUUAUACCGGAAAGAACCUGCCUGCCUACUCGCUCACGGGAUUCUUCGUCGUCGUCAGUCAUCUUCUCUAGCAUUUUCAUAUCAAAUCUUGGCGUAUGAACUGAGUCAAUGUUAAAAAGAUGGAGCAGAGCGAGAGAACAUCGUUGGAUGUGCUUGGAGAUGGCCCUGAUUUGGUGUCCGAAGUGAUUACAGGUUUUUGUUUGUUUGUUUGUUUUUGUAUUUCUUGGCAUGAUUAUGUGAGCAUGUUUGCAUAAUGUCAUGUCUCUCUGUCUGUAUCUCCUUUUUCUUUGUAUGAUAUAUAUACAUAUAUAUAUAUAUGUAUACACAUUCCUAUGUAUAACCCUUUCAACUGAGCUGUAGUGCUAUGAUUAGCUGAACAAGGUUUAAUAAAAAAUGGUAUGCGUUUUCUUUC